GACCGCUACCCCUCUGCAUUCAGGUACUCCCUCAAGUGUACGUGUUUGCUCACAAGUCCUUGCCGCUCUGAUAACAGUGCAAGCUUCCGGUUUCUGAAGCCUGUUCGAUGAAUGAACGAAGAGAUGAAUGAAGGGCAAGUGCUGUGACGUUGUAGUCCAGCACGUGCACGCGCUUGCGCACAACCUGCCGCGUGUCGAUCGCGAGACUGUUGACGGUUACAGCCCGCCUUCGGCUGGUGGAGAGCGAAGUGAAGGCGUCCCGAGGGAGUCUAAAUGGGUGAUCCAGAGAAAGGAAAGAAAAUUUUUGUUCAGAAGUGUGCUGUAUGCCACACAAUUGAAAAAGGUGGCAAGCAUAUGGUUGGCCCAAACCUCUGGGGUCUUUUUGGGCGUAAGACUGGUAGUUCUCCAGGAUAUACAUACACGGAUGCAAACAAAAAUAAAGGCAUAACAUGGGGAGAAAGCACUCUAAUGGAAUAUUUGGAGAACCCUAAAAAAUAUAUUCCUGGAACAAAAAUGCUGUUUGCUGGAAUCAAGAAGAAAAGUGAACGUGCUGACCUUAUUGCUUAUUUAAAAAAUGCAUCAUCAUAG